AAAAAAAUUUUUUUUUUUUUUCAAAACCCCCCCCCCCCCCCCAUAAAAAUUGAACAGGAUUAUGAAAUCGCUCUGAUUGUCAUGAAACCGUCAGAAGAGUUGAGAGCAUAAAAGGAACUGUGACAGUAAAGAAGGAAGAAGGCACACGGAUGGAGGAGGAACCGCUACAAAUUUAGUCCGAAAACGUUUGGAUUAAAAUGAGAAAAACAGAGUUAUAAUAGUUUAAUAUCUUUGAGGAGUUUUUUUUUUCCUUUGGGCGCACCAUGCAUAAAAGAUGGACCCGUCGGAGCCUGGUUGUCCUAAUUUUUACAUUUUUCAUUGUUGUCUUUGUGGAUUUUCAAUUACGCAGCAGCAGCUUUACCAAAUCAAACGUGGCUCACCACCCGUCGGCCGGCGCGCGCCAUGGCUCCAUCGGGCAGGUUCCCUCCGCACACCGCUCGGUGUAUAACAGCAGCAGCAGCAGCAUCAAAGGCGGCGGAAGAGAGUCCAAACUUAAUGAAAAUAACGGAGGAGAGUCUGUGGCUAAGCGCGUCCACGCCACGCAGCCCAAACUCAGACUGGAUGACAUUUACGUGGCUGUAAAAACCACCGCGAGGUUCCACAAGACGCGUCUCGCGCUCCUUUUGGACACUUGGAUCUCAAGGACCAAGGCGCACACAUUCAUUUUCACAGACAAAGAGGAUGAAGAGUUAAGUUCAAAUGGUUAUAACAUGGUGGUAACGGGGUGCCAAUCAGAUCACAGCCAGCAGGCUCUGUCCUGCAAGAUGUCCGUCGAGUACGACGGCUUCAUGGCCUCAAACAAGAGGUGGUUUUGCCACGUAGACGAUGAUAACUAUGUGAACCCCGAGGGUCUCCUCUCUCUGCUCUCAACGUUCCCCCAGGAGGGCGACAUCUACGUGGGCAAGCCGAGUCUGGACAAACCCAUCACUGCUCACGAACUGCUGGACGGAAAUAAAACGGUGAACGUACGGUUCUGGUUCGCCACAGGAGGUGCCGGGUUCUGUCUGAGUCGAAGGCUGGCAGAAAAGAUGUCUCCUUGGGCCAGCGGCCCGCAUUUCGAGCGGACAUCGGCCAGGAUCCGUCUCCCGGACGACUGCACCGUGGGCUUUAUUGUCGAGAAGAUGCUGGGCGUCGCUAUGGUCCACUGUCCUUUGUUCCACUCGCAUCUAGAAAACCUGCUUCUAAUAAGUCAAAGAAGCCUCCCGCAGCAGGUAACCCUGAGCUAUGGGAUGUUUGAGAAUAAGAUGAACAGCAUCGAGGUAAAGGGAAGCUUUUCUAAGGAGGAGGACCCCUCCAGGUUUAAAACUGUCCACUGCAUCCUGUAUCCUUCCACCAGCUGGUGUCCUCCGGUCACUUGAGAGAAAGCUCUUUUCCUGCUGGGUAGAAAGAAAGAAUAAUUCCCUGGAUGUUUUAUUUUUUUCUGCGCAGACGGGAAAAAAAAAACAUGAUUUAUUUUCAUGGAACACAGAAGGAACUGGGGUCGAACCAAAUAUUCAACAUGAUGAAACUGUGUUCACCCACAACUAAUGAAUGCGUUGGAUAUUCAGCGUAAAGCUCUGUAAAGAAGUCUCCUCCAAAAAAUAAUGUUUUGUCUCUUUUAUUGUAACUUAAGCACUUAAUAAAGGGAACAAAUGCGUGAUUUUUUUUUUUUUUCAAGAUUUUCAUGAUUUGUUGGCAGAGAUUUUUGGAUAAUAAUGUUUCAGUUCAACAGAAAUUACUUUUUUAAUGUAAAUUAUGAUUCUAAUUGUCAACAAUGUUCAUUAAUCAAUGCGGGUAGCAAUAAAGUAAUGCGAUCUGUUACGGGUCGAGCCUAACGCGG